UCAUGCGGUAACCAGACACAUCCAGAUCGACUUUGGCCAUGGCGACGCCGUCACUCGACCAAGUGCCGCACCUGGUCAAAGUAACGGAUCGCGACCAGGCCGAGUUUCUGAGGGAAUCCGUGGCCGAUCUGCUCGGACGUUCAAUUAAAAGCUUCCCAGGCGCGCAGCCUGUGUCGUUUGCGCGGAAACAUCUUCGAGAACUUGAAGAACGCGACUAUUUCCUUGCCGAGAAGACGGACGGCAUUCGUCUUCUACUGUACCUCACACAACUGCCCGAUGGCCGCGAAGCACAGUACUUCAUCGAUCGCAAAAAUGACUACUACCACGUCGAGCCAGGCUACCUUCACAUCCCGAUUCAGAACCCAGAUCCACGCGCCCCGAAGCGCUAUAUCGUGGGCCAAUUCAACAGGAAUACCCUCCUCGACGGCGAGCUGGUUUCGCAGCACUUCAAAGACCGACCCUCGCGUUUGACCUACCUCAUGUUUGACUGCCUCGCUUUCGAAGGCAUCAGUGUCAUGCAUCUGAAAUUUGACGACCGAAUCGCGAAGAUCCACAACAAGAUUAUACCUAUGGUGGAAGACUUCCGCCGUGACUGGCCAGAUGAGGCAGCCGUGCAGCCCUUUCAACUCAAGCUCAAGGCGCAGGAGUUGGCAUAUGGCAUUCAGAUCAUGCUGAAUGAAACAAUACCGAAACUACCGCAUGGGAAUGAUGGGUUGAUCUUCACUUGCAAAGAGACCCCAUACAAGCCUGGGACCGACGAACAUAUUCUGAAGUGGAAGCCGCCGCACGAGAAUACUAUCGAUUUUGUGCUCCAGCUGGGAUCAUUUCCUAUUCGCGAAGAUGAGGACGGCCAGUACGAAGAUUUCGAUGCGAUACCCGAGAUUCAGUUACUCGUCAAUCAUGGUGGGGCCACUGGAUACCGACAAUUCGAUCGCGACAGCGGCCAGCUGCACCUAACACCCACUGAGUGGGAAGCAAUUAAGGGCAUGGGCCAGCAGAUCGAUUGGCGGAUUAUCGAAUGCUACAGGGAGAAAGAGACUGGACAUUGGAGGCCAAAGAUUGAUGCCGAUGGCACACCGCGAUUCCGAGAUGAUAAAAAGGAUGCUAACCACAUUAGUGUUGUGGAUAGCGUACUGGAGUCGAUCGAGGACGCAGUCACGGAGCAAGAAUUGACGACCCAGAGCAGGUAUAUGAGUAUACGGAAUGCGUGGAAAGAAAGGGCCAAGAUUAGGGAGCAGCAGCAGCGUCAGCAGGAACAGCAGAAGCGGCAGCAGGCUGAGAUGGAACAGAAGAGGAGACAACAAGAGGCCGCCAGACAGCAGGCUGAGGCUGAAGCGGAUGAUGGACCAGGAUAUGAGGAUGAUGAUUAGCCAACGAUGAAUGGAGGCAUGAUUUGGAUAACAGUGAUACCCAGCGCUGACGUACGCGCGCGCUUUCUCCACAGGCAGUAUAGAGUGUAUGCGAGCCAGUUCUUACCAGCUUCAUCGUGCCCAAG